UCGUCCGCCGAAAAAGCCCUCUCCGCUUCUUCUCCAGCCGACGACGCAGAGCUCCUGCAGAUCUACGCGAUGCCUGUGUUCGACAUGAUGGAGAGCUAUCUGGUCAAAGAGCUUCGCUUUCCUCCUGGCCUAACUCUUCGCCUGAUAACACGAAGUGCUUAUGUCGCAUUCACCAUGUUCAUCGGCAUGACCUUCCCCUUCUUCGGCGGCCUACUCUCUUUCUUCGGCGGAUUCGCAUUCGCCCCGACCACAUACUUCCUUCCUUGCAUCAUGUGGCUUGCUAUUUACAAACCCAAAAGGUUUAGCUUAUCUUGGAUCACUAAUUGGAUCUGCAUAAUUCUCGGGGUCCUGCUUAUGAUCUUGGCUCCUAUUGGUGGAUUGCGAGAGAUCAUCAUAAAUGCCAAGACUUACAAGUUCUACUCGUAG